AUGCCUAGGAAAGCUUCUGCCAGUCAGAAGGGAAAAGCAGUGGCAGACGAGGGUACCAAUCGGGUGCCACCUGUGAAUGUGGGCCAGAGUGAGUCUCUGAGUGAGGCCCCAUCUCGGACUUCUCAGACUCCGCCCGCUCCAGAGGAGCUUAGAAGGGCUACAGCUACAGCACCUCUAGUCUCUCCACCUUAUGCAUCUGGCCAAAAGAUGCGAGAUGCUAUACAAUUAUUGACUCGGGCUAUUAGUACGCGGGUUCGAGACUUUAUCAAUUUGGAACCUCCAGUGUUUGUUGGAUCUAACCCAGAUGAGUACCCACAGAACUUUAUAGAUAGGAUGCAGAGGACAUUGAAGGUGAUGCAUGCUUCUGACAUUGAGUCAGUAGAGUUGGCAUCUUAUAGAUUGCGGGAUAUCGCUGUUCAGUGGUAUAAGACUUGGGAGCUGUCCAGAGGGGCGAAUGCUUCUCCAGCAGUGUGGCAGGAUUUCUCGGAGGCUUUUCUCCGUCAUUAUUUGCCAAAAGAGACCAGACGGGCUCAAGUUGAUAGAUUUCUAGCCUUACGACAGUGGAAUAUGAGUAUUCAAGAGUACAAUCUUUGUUUUGAUUCAUUGGCCAGGUAUGCUCCCACGAUUGUGGCUGAGAGGGAUGAUCGAAUGUAUCGGUUUGUGAUUGGACUUGGGCCACACUUGAUUAAUGAGUGCAUGACGGCCUCACUUCAGAAGGGUACAGAUAUUUCCCGUAUUUAG